GGCAUGAAGUUCAACGGGUACAUGAAGGUGCGCAUCGGCGAGGCCGUGGGGCUGCAGCCCACCCGCUGGUCCCUCCGGCACUCCCUCUUCAAGAAGGGCCACCAGCUGUUGGACCCCUACAUCACGGUGAGCGUGGACCAGGUGCGGGUGGGGCAGACCAGCACCAAGCAGAAGACCAACAAGCCGACCUUCAACGAGGAGUUCGGCACCCCUGUCACGGACGGCUGCCAGCUGGAGCUGGCCGUCUUUCACGGCACCCCCAUCGGCUACGAUGACUUUGUGGCCAACUGCACCGUCCGCUUCCACGAGCUCCUGCAGGGCACCGGGUCGUCCGACAGCUUCGAAGGCUGGGUGGACUUAGAACCAGAAGGGAAAGUGUUUGUAGCCAUUACACUCUCGGGCAGCUUCACCGAAGGAACCCUCCAGAGGGACCGGAUUUUUAAAAACUUUACCCGGAAACGCCAACGGGCGAUGCGCAGGCGGGUUCACCAAGUCAACGGACACAAGUUUAUGGCCACCUAUCUGCGGCAACCUACGUACUGCUCACACUGCCGGGAAUUUAUCUGGGGAGUAUUUGGGAAGCAGGGAUACCAGUGCCAAGUUUGCACUUGUGUUGUGCACAAGCGUUGCCACCAUCUCAUUGUCACCGCUUGCACAUGCCAGAACAAUAGUAGCAAGGUGGACAAGAAGAUUUCCGAGCAGAGAUUUGGAAUCAACCUCCCACACAAGUUCAGGAUCCAUAAUUAUAAAGUGCCAACGUUCUGCGACCACUGCGGCUCCUUGCUCUGGGGGAUCAUGCGGCAGGGCCUGCAGUGUAAAAUGUGUAAAAUUAAUGUGCAUAUACGAUGUGAAGCUAAUGUAGCCCCCAACUGUGGGGUGAAUGCAGCAGAACUGGCCAAGACUCUGGCAUGUAUGGGGCUGCAACCUGGAAAUAUUUCUCCAAAUGGGAAAGUCAUCUCAAGGUCGACACUGAGGCGCCAGAAAAAAGAGAGUGUGAAAGAAGCCAACAGUGCGGCAGAAGUUUCGGCAAGCAGGCUCAAGAUUGAGGACUUGCUAUUCAUCAGAGUCCUAGGAAAGGGCAGUUUUGGAAAGGUGAUGUUGGCCAAAACAAAAGAGACAGGCUAUCUUUAUGCCAUCAAAGUGCUGAAGAAAGAUGUGAUUCUCCAAGACGAUGAUGUGGAGUGCACCAUGACGGAGAAACGGAUCCUGGCCCUGGCAAGGAACCACCCGUUCCUCACCCAGCUUUUCUGCUGCUUUCAGACGCCAGAUCGCCUCUUCUUCGUCAUGGAAUUUGUGAAUGGAGGAGACCUGAUGUUCCACAUCCAGAAAUCCCGCCGCUUUGAUGAAGCCCGAGCCCGGUUCUACGCUGCAGAGAUCAUUUCAGCCCUCAUGUUCCUCCACGAGAAGGGCAUCAUUUACAGGGACCUGAAGCUGGACAACGUGUUGCUGGAUCAUGAAGGCCACUGCAAGCUGGCAGAUUUCGGGAUGUGCAAAGAAGGGAUCUACGAUGGGAUCACCACGGCAACGUUCUGUGGAACACCUGACUACAUUGCCCCCGAGAUCUUGCAGGAGAUGCUCUAUGGUCCUGACGUGGACUGGUGGGCAAUGGGAGUAUUACUCUAUGAGAUGCUCUGUGGCCACGCCCCCUUUGAAGCCGAAAAUGAGGACGACCUCUUUGAAGCCAUCCUCAAUGAUGAAAUAGUCUACCCAACCUGGCUUCCAGAAGAUGCAGUGGCGAUCCUGAAAGCUUUCAUGACAAAGAACCCCAAAAUGCGCUUAGGCAGUAGUGCCUUCGGUGGGGAGAAUGCUAUCCUUCUGCACCCAUACUUUAAGGAACUGGAUUGGGACCUGCUGAACCAACGCCAGAUAGAGCCCCCUUUCCGGCCUCGAAUUAAAUCAAAAGAAGAUGUGAGCAACUUUGAUCCCGAAUUCUUAAAAGAAGAGCCGAUUCUAACUCCUAUUGAAGACGGAAUUCUUUCCAUGAUCAACCAAGAGGAAUUUAGAAACUUUUCUUAUACAGACCCAGAGUUGGAAUCAUAACCACUUCUGGGGAAAACAUUGCAACUGGUCCCUCCACCCGAGGGGGAAGAACUGCAUUUUAGGAUUUCUUGGAAAUGUGUUCAUGGGAAUGUCCAACAGGCAGGCUGAUAUUACUCAUCAAAAGCAAGAGGAGCACAAAUAAUUUAAUGCAGAAGUGUGGAGUCUGCCUUGGAAUUUUUGAAGCAUCAAGGACAAAUAUUUAUAGCAAGGCAACAAAUCCACUUUUGUAAAUGGAUGAUGUGGAAAAGAGGAAUUAAUUUGGACUUGUUGGCUUGGGACAGCUGCUGAAAGUUAAAUUUUGCAGUGAGUCUGAGGAGUUGCUGGAAGGAUGAAACCAGCCUUGAGCCAAACGGAUCUUUAGGCAGCACUGACGUCUCUGGAAUGCACCUUCAGGAAACAGGGAAGCCAAGGAGGCAGUGCCCACUGAGGAGGCUGGACUGUUAUCAGGGAAACGUUAUACAUGGUGCCACUUUGCUUGGAAAACAUAUAUACAUUUCCCCCUCCCUAUUGGCAAGUGAGCAUCUUUGAAACUUGCUGGGCUUCCAUUUGGAAAUACUUCAUGUAAAUCUAACAGAAGCCAAAAAUAAAAAAUAGUAUAGACAAGGAAUCUGUUCAACGUAGAGGCCCCAAUCCAUCCCUAGUUGUGCUUUGUUGUGUGCAGCUUCUGGCCACAGAUGUGUUGGGAUCAUUCAUGUCUGGAUGUGUCAUGCAUCCACUCAUUAAAUGUGCACAUACAUCAGGUGUGUGCGUGUGUGUGUGUGUGUGUGUGUGUGUGUGUGUGUGUGUGUGUGUGAGAGAGAGAGAGAGAGAGCGAGAGAGAGAGAGAGAGAGAGAGAGAGAGAGAGAGAGAGAGAGAGAGAGAGCGCACUGUAAGAUAUUCCCACUAGGGGAUGGAGCUGCUCUGGGAAGAGCAGAAGGUUCCAAGUUCUCUCCCUGGCUUCUCCAAGAUAGGGCUGAGAGAGGUUCCUGCCUGCAACCUUGGAGAAGCCGCUGUCAGUCUGUGAAGACAAUACUGAGCUAGAUAGACCAAGGGUCUGACUCAGUAUAUGGCAGCUUCCUAUGUUCCUAUGAGAGAGAGAGAGAGAUAGAGAGAGAUCGCUCUUCCUUGCUGGAUUGGAGUGCAAGUCUUUCAGAACUGAUUCCAUCCACCUGCUACCUCUGUGUGUUAGGAUAAACUAGACAGGUAAAAAAAUGCAUCAUCGCAUUUCCAUUGCUUAAAAAAAAUGGAUUACAGCCACAGGAUCUCCCAGUCUGAAUAAGACCAUGUUGAAGGGGGGAUUUAACCUCUUUGCCCUGUACCAUUGCACACAAAAAUCACUCUCCAAGCUGCUCUUUGCCCUUGGAAGGGGAAAAAAUGGGUUCAAAUAAUAGUAAUAGCUAGGGCAAAUAUCAGUUUUAUGGAUAUCGUGGGGGUGAUUUUCUCCAGGAAAAGAGUUGAAACCAUCUCCCCUAUGGUAGCAAUCCAGCUGAAAUGUUCUUAAACACAGUUUAAAGAAACAGAAAUGAGAGAAUGCAUUUUGUAUCUCAUCUAGUUUGAGCCUUGCUAUUUGUGAGAUGAGGCAAACUUUAUUUCCUGCAUUUUGUGAAAUGCUGAGAUGACCUAGGACUUGUUUCUUCUUUUCUUUUUUCUCCUCCCUCCACCUUUUUUCUUUUUUGCAUUCUCGUUGCUCCUUCCCUGUUUUAAACUGAAUGUGUACAACUGUCUCUGCCUUUUACCUCAAUUGGAUUUUACUCUGAGUCUCUUUACCAAAACUGAUAUUCUACUGAGGGCUCCAAUUGCUUAUUAA